AUGCUUACCGAGUUUCUGCCCAUUCAAAUUGCGUUGAAAACGCUGGCUCCGAUUAUCUUCGGAGGCUUGGUUCAAGGUGCCCUCGCAUCUGCUGCAACGGAAACGUUGGCGGCCGCCUCCAACUUCAUUAUCGGCCGGUCCUUCCUGGCGGACAAGCUGCGGGGUUUCUCUGUCUUCGGCAGCGAGCCGGUGGGCAAGGCCUCGUGGUUCUACUCCUUGGAACGGGCUGCCAAGGACGACGGAGCUCGGCUCACAUUGCUGUUAAGACUGGCGCCGGUGCUGCCUUUGCCGUUUGACUCCUACUGGUACCUCUUGGGUGCCUUGGAUGUCGGCCUGGGUGAUUUCGCGGCUGCCCACUUCGUUGGCUGUUUGAAGACGGCUUUUCUAGAUGCGUCCUUUGGCAUGCUGCUGCUGACUUCGGUGGGGAAUGAUGGCAGCGCAGUGCAGUCACAGGCGCAGCAAAUCGUUCUGGUCGAGUCGAUUGCUUUUGCCGUUGUCGCCAUACUGGUGAGCACUGUAGCCACGAGGCUGAUCAGCGAGCUCCUGGGCCUUGAGGAUGCCGCGGAUGCCACAAAAGCGGAGUCCAAAGAUGUCGCGAUGCUCGUUUGCUCUCCGGUGCAAUCUAAUGAAGACCUUUCUGCGACAAAGGUGACAGGCAGUACAGAUUUCCAUCUCGUGCAGAUGACAAGGACCAUCCAAAAUGUGCCCAGCUUUGGAGACUACUACGACAUGGGCAAGGAAGUCAUGCCUUCAACGCAUAGGUACAUGAAGGUGAACUUUGCGGUCCGAAAGUCGGACAAACAAGAGGUGGUGGUGAAAGUGCGCUUCAAGCCCAGCUGCUUCAGGAGCAGACAGGAUGAGAAGAAGUGGCGGCAGAACACCGAGUUCUUGCUAAACUUGCCGCAGAACCUCGGCGUAGCAAAGAUUUACGAGGUCAUGGAGGACCCCACGGCCUUUUACAUAGUCAUGGAGAAGGUUCCUGCCUCGGUCGUGGACACAUGCGAGCAAACCAGGCUUGCAGCUCCGACUGAGUGCAUGCAGGAGAAAAAGUCCUAUCUUCAGCUUGCAGCAGCUGGCUGCUUGCACCUUCUGGCCGGCCCUGCCAACCACAAUACAGCGCUGGGCGUGACCUGCUGGGUGACACAACACUUGGCGGCCAUUUUCCUGAUUGCAGCUGCCCUGGACCGGCUCACGGCAAAGCUCCCGCCUAGCAUUGUGCAGGAUGUCACCGAAGGUCAGCAGGAGAGAAUUUGGGCAAGAGCUGCCUAUGGCUUUGCAGGCCAACCUGAGCCUUCAGUGCUGCAGAUGAUAUCAAUCUGUCGGGAUGACCGUGGCUCCAAGGCGCGGGCGACACCGAGAAAGCACUCAGGUUCACUGGGGCUUGUGACGCUUCCAGAGCGGCUCUGCACAUCUUCUGUUCAUUGCUGGUGCUGCCACGAGCAAUUCCAGGAGGGCUGCAUUGUGGCGGUUCUGCCUUGCGGCCAUGCCUUCUGUGAGGACUGCAUCGUGAAGUGGUCAAUGUCAGGACACGCGAUGUCGGCCACUUGCCCACUCUGCCGGGCAAGCUUCGCGAAACAUGAGCGAAAAGUGAAGUGUGCACCGGUUGGUGGUCUUGAUCUUUUCGAGACUCUCGAGCAGAUGCGGAAGAUUCCCGUGACCACUACCCGGGAGAUCAUGCGUCAGCUGUUGGAGUCGCUGGUGUUUUUGCAUUCGCACGGUGCUGUGCAUAAGGAUUUAAAGUUGGAGAACGUGAUGCUCGAUGCUGGCGGCGAAGGCAAACCUUCGAAGUCAAGCUUACCCUCACAAGCGGUGAAGGUGAUCGACUUCGAUACCUUGGAAUCAUGGUGUCCCUCAAAUGCCUCAGCCAAGGAUGUGGUUGGAACCGACCAAUACAUAUCCCAGGAAGCCUAUGCCGGCAAGUACUCCCCCCUCUCGGACAUCUUUGCCUGCGGGGUGAUUCUGUACAGACUGCUGACAGGAAAGUUUCCGUUUCACGACGAUAUGUUCGAUGAUGAGGCUGGCGAGAACUGGGUCGGCAGCCCAAAGAUGGCCCAAAUUCGGCGAAGGCUGAAAGUGGCCAAGGUGGACUUCUCCAAAGAGGUUUUCCAAGAAAACAGCGAAGCUGGUGACCUCGUCAUGCGCAUGCUUGCGUACCAAGAAAACCAGAGACCUACCGCCUCUGCGGCGUUAGAACAUCCGUGGUUCCAGGACUCUCGCGCAGCUCCACAGCUGCCGCCCUACAUCCAGGAGCUGGUGGACGAUGGCAUUGUCGUUGGCGAGGCCUGGAAAAUCGACGGUGAAACUCGCCGCGGCUUCGCGAUGGCUGGCGCCGGCUUUGAAAUCAAGCUGGACGACCCAGAGGCUGAACUCUCACAGGAUCAGUAUGAAAAAGUCGUCGACAACUUUAAAUUGCUCGAUCAAAGCAAGACAGGACGGCUCAAUCCGCAGCAGGUGGGAAUCCUUUUCCGAGCUUUCGGGCAAAACCCCACAGACGAGGAGCUGGCGGAGAUGCUCAGACCAGUUCCACAGGUGGGUUUGGAUGUCGAUGGCUUCAUCCGGUUCUUCAAAGGCAACUACAGGACGCCAACGACCGAAGACACACUUCUGAAGGCAUUCCAGGUUUUCGACCUGGAGGACACUGGCAUCAUGAGCCGCGAGAAGUUCAAGGAGAUGCUGACAUCCCUCGGAGAUCCCAUGCAGGAGCAUGAGGUUGAUGCUAUCUUGAGGGAGGCGGAGGUGGAUGAUAAAGGCCUUUUCGACUACAAGUCCCUGGCCAAGCGGCUGUGUGAAGGGCCAAAGCGCAUACCAGACAUGCCAUGA